AUGGCAGCUUGCUGGGCGAUUCCCACGCCGCCAACACCAGCUGGAACACCACCGUUACCUCCAGGAUCACCUGUAGCAUCUGGCGGCCGCCGAGGUUUUGGUGGAUAUGCGAAGCAAACUCCGCCGGUCCAAGUUGUUAUUCCACCACCACAAGUCAUCUCAUCCGUGCCAUUACCGGCAAGCUCGAUUCCCGUCCCACCAACAGCGGUGUCUUCGAUACCUCCUCCACCGCCUGUGAUGCUUGCACCGACGCAAUCGCUGAUAUCCAGAAUAAACAUUGGAACGGCCACGAAGAACUGCUCGGUGGAACCUGCCACAUUUGCUCCCUUACCAGCAAACAUUGCGCCUGUUGAUCGGAAACCUACGGCCAGCGCGGGCACCUCCGGGACGGGUCAGCUUGCAAUCGAUCAAGCAACAACAAGUUCCUCCGAUUCGAUGUCGCUGGUUCUCGCUGAUAGUUCUAUUCCGGGUCGACGCGAUUUGCAGAAAGUGCACAGCAGUAGCAAGGACAAGGGGUCUAAAUCCGAUGAUAAGUCACAUUACAAAAAGAAGAAAAAGAAGCCUACUUCAUCUGGACCAAAGGGACCCCAGCUGAAUACUCCACAAGCGUUAGAAGCGGCAAGUCGAGCUGGUGAACUGAAUGAUCAGAUGGCUGCACAGAUUGCUAACUCAGAUGACGUUUCGUUGGCUGCACAAGAAGGACUUGAAAUUAGAGGAAAUGAUGCAAGGCACUUGUUAAUGCAUAAAUUGAUGAGGACCAAUCGCUCAACAGUUGUUGUGCUGAAGAAUAUGGUGACAAUCGAGGAGUGCGACGAUGAGCUUGAGGACGAGAUCCGUGACGAAUGCAACAAAUACGGGAAAGUACAGGAGGUGGUGAUUGCUCAGGAUCCGGCGAAUGGUACAGUGAAAAUAUUUGUGCGCUUUGAAAGCACGCAGGAGGCAGAUACAGCACGCCAGGCGCUUGACAAACGUUACUUUGCUGGCCGCGAGAUCCUGGCACAGCACUACGACCAAAUUUUAUUCGACCAUAAUGACUAUUCCGGCUAA